AUGGGUGAGGAGGAUGAGGAUGAUGAGGAGUAUGAUGAGGAGGAGGAUGAUGAUGUUCCUGUUGUAGUCGAGAAGAAGUCUACUUCAACACCAGUAGCUACAACUCAAGCUACUCCAACAACAACACCAGCAGCAGUUCAAUCAAAACCUAGUGCUACUGUUGCUGCUGCUGCUACAGUGGUACCAGCAUAUGUCGCACAAUCAACUGCCCCUGCUGCCACACCCUCAAGUGUUGUCUCUGCGUCAACAACAACAAACCCAACAAACAAUGCUACACUACAACUCAAUCGAUCACAGUCAUUGGAGUUCAAUGCAACUAAUGUAACACAAACAAUAGUAGGCGAUCUGUCAAAAGACAAGCAACUAUUAUCAUCUUCCACCUCAGACACGGCACAGAUCAAAGCUGCCACAUCAACAACUCCAACAUCAACCAAGGCAAGCACUGGUACUGUGUCUUCCACCAACACCAACCAGCUUCUAUUCCCAAGACCAUCACAAUCAUCACAGACUAGAGUGCCACUGAGCUUAGGUGACGGAAAACUGAGAGAAUUGAACGAGGCAUUAAGGAGGUCAUACUGUAUAAAGACUCACUCCACCUUUUAUAAUAUCAACCGAACACUUGGCAACAAUAACCUACCUACAAUGAUAGACGUUGCAAAGUCGAUACAACAUAACAUCAGACAGUACAAUGACGACAUUGCACAACUGAUUGAAAAGCUGGAGCAAACAGAAUGGUCACUGCACUGUUGA